CCUCGUCUCGCCCUCGGCCACAUCCCCCAGGAGCUCCACAAAAAUCUCCCCUCCAACCCGCGCGGAGGGGGCAGCAGCCAGCAGCCGCAGCCGCAGCCGCGCGGCGCCACUUCCCUCACCCGAACGCCUCGCCUUGGCCGCCCCCUCGCCGCACCCCCACACGGCCACACCCCUCAAACAUCUCCACUCCCCGACCGCGCCGAGCAGAGAGAGGAUCACAUGGCAUCCGCCGUUUCGCUUCUCCUCCUCUCGCCCCCGCGCCAUCUCCACCGCGACGUCACAUCCCGCCUCCUCAGCACCCCGCACCGGCGGGUCCUCCUCGCCGCCCCCACCAGCGCGACCCCUCGUCGGCUCCUCGCUGCGCCGCCGCCACGCGCCUCCAACAACAACGACAACAGCGGGGCCGUGGAGGCGCCCGACCGCCUCGUGGCCGCGGUCGCCUACCUCUACCCGUUCCUCGACGGCGCGCACCACGGCCGCUUCCUCCUCGCGCAGUUCCCCUUCUUCAACGCGCUGCUCCGCCCGCUGGGCCCCGCGGCUCGGCUCUUCCACUCGUCGCCGCUCACGCCCUUCCUCCUCUUCCUCACGCUCUACUUCGCCGUCGUGCGGAACCAGCAGGCCUUCUCCCGCUUCGUCCGCUUCAAUGCGAUGCAGGCCGUCGUGCUCGACGUGCUGCUCAUCUUCCCCGACCUGCUCGCGCAGUCGUUCGCGCCCUCUGGUGGGGUUGGGUUCGAGGUCUUCCAGAGCAUGGAGAGCACGGUCUUCCUCUUCCUGCUCGUCUCCUUGGUCUAUGGCAGCGGCGCCUGCCUGCUCGGGAAGACGCCGCGGCUGCCCAUUGUCGCAGAUGCAGCCGAGCGCCAGGUGAUGUGACUACAAUUCCUUUCCCUCGAAUCAUGCUGAUGGAAAGGGGAUCUGAUGAUUAUGCAGAAACAUCGGAAUGGCUCGUUGGUGCUUGCAGCAAAUCACAAGCUUAGUAUAGUUUACAAUUGCCUUGCUGUUUAUAUAGGUCUAGUUACCACUUCAAUGGAUGAACUGUGCAAGGUUGAUACAAUGACGUUGCAGCCUAGUGUACUACCAUAUUUGUUGAAUUGACAAAUUUUGAGAGAGCAAUACAUGUACACUGUUUUACAAUCCGAAUCGCAUUUACAAAUGAGGAGGAUUGAGGAAUGUCUGAAUCGGGGAGCUUUCUGA